AUACACAGUUAGCUAGUUUUAUACUCAGUUAGCUAGUUUUAUACUCAGUUAGCUAGUUUUAUAUUCAGUUAGCUAGUUUUAUACUCAGUUAGCUAGAUUUAUAUUCAGUUAGCUAGUUUUAUAUUCAGUUAGCUAGUUUUAUAUUCAGUUAGCUUGUUUUAUACACAGUUAGCUAGUUUUAUACUCAGUUAGCUAGAUUUAUAUACAGUUAGCUAGUUUUAUACUCAGUUAGCUAGUUUUAUACACAGUUAGCUAGAUUUAUAUUCAGUUAGCUAGUUUAAUCUCUAACGGAGCAAAAGCUCCAGUCCUAUGAAGACAUUUCUGGCUUGAAUCUGCUCCUAAAGAUUAUUUUCUUAAAACAAAAAGUUAGUGUUAGUGCACUAAAAGUAAUUCAACCUGUUUUAAAUGAACCUGUGUAAAAACUGAAACUGAAGCAAGUAUACGGCGAUUCAUGGCUUGAAAACAGUACUGCACUGAUGGAUCUCUGCACGAUUUGAGAAAUUAAGGAGUAAGGACUCAAUUACUAAAAUUAUUUGAUAAGAUGGGAGAUUUUUGCAGGAAACAAAUGCAAGUUAAUCUGUAAAGUAACUAACGCUGUCAGAUAAAUGUAGUGCUGUAGAAGUGGAAAGUAUCAUAAAAUGAAAACACUCAAGUUCAAGUACUUAAAAAUUAUACUUAUAUCAUCUUACUCACUUGGUUUCAUUCCAACAAAAAAAAAGUCAGUUUCACACAAAAAUGUUCCAACACGUUCGUCACUGAGUGUUUUAUUUUGAAGGUGUAAACAGGAAGUUGCGUGUUUUACCGCGGCUGGCUUGUUAGCAUGUUAGCAUGUUAGCAGAGCGUCAGACCGCGGUCCUCCCGGUGUCUCUGCCUCGUCUGACCGGAGAUCUGUGAGGCUGCGGGGGAACUGCGGAGGCGGGAAAACAUGAGACGCAAACAAGAUGGCGAACACAAACCGUCACCUGAGAGUCCAGAGGACAGGCGCUCAGAGGUGCAGAGGGCUGAUUACCCAGAAUGCCCUGAGGGUGGCGCCUCUGAGCCGCAGCUCACUGAGGCAGAAGAAAAGGAGGAGGAGGAUGGAGAUGAAGACUCCCGGCAGGAUCCAGACUUCAGCCCUCGUCAGAACGACAGCGCGGCGACGAGAAGACCGUCGUCGUCACAGAGCGGCAGAGGAAGAAGACCAGCCGGCGAGCUGAGAGCUCCGGCGGAUGUUAAAGGGAAGAAGGAGUAUCGGUGUGACGAGUGUUUGAAAAGCUUCGACCGGCCGUGUCGUCUGACGGUCCACCAGAGGACGCACACAGGUGAGAAACCCUUCGAGUGCUCCGACUGUGACAAGCGCUUUAAGAGUAAAUCCCUCCUGUCGGCUCACCUGAAGACUCACGGCGGCGAGCGGCCGUUCUGCUGCCACGAGUGCGGGAAGUGUUUCCUGCAGCGGCAGGCGCUGGUGGAGCACAUGAGGACUCACACGGGCGAGAGGCCCUUUAGCUGUCAGCUCUGCAGCCUGAGCUUCUUCGCUAAGAACCACCUGCAGCGCCACCUGCUGACCCACACAGGUGAGCGGCGUCACCAGUGCGUGGAGUGCGGGAAGUGCUACAAGAGGAAGGAGCACCUGAGCAGCCACAUGCGCGUCCACAGCGGGGAGCGUCCGUUCAGCUGCAGGGACUGCGGCCGCAGCUACAGCGAGCGAGGACGCCUCCGGCGGCACCUGAGGACGCACACGGGAGACAGCAAACGCCACGCCUGCGCGCUCUGCGGCCUGCGCCUGGUGUCGGCCAAUCACCUGCAGAGACACAUGCAGACGCACGGCGGCGAGCGGCCGCACCGCUGCCCCGACUGCGGCAAACGCUUCAGCAGGAAGGACAAGAUGAUGGAGCACAUGAGGAUCCACACCGGAGAGAAACCGUACCAGUGCUCCCAGUGCCAGGUGAGCUUCAGGUGGAGGGCGGCGCUCAACGCUCACAUGCACACCCACACUGGGCAGCAGGAGGAGCUGUGAUUGGCCGGCCAGGAGAGUCCGAGCUUUAAUCUGCCCUUUAGAGACAGAAGAAGGAGUGCAGCAGGCCGCGCCCACGCUGCUCCGCCGGUCCGCUCGCCCCGUCACGUCACGCCGCCCCUUAAAAACUUUACCUGCUGAUAUUUACUCACCUGGUGCAGCCAGAAGCAGGAAGUACAGGAAGCAGAGCAGGGAGGGCUGUAAAGUUAGACUGCGGGAGCUAGCAUGGCUAAUGCUACGUGUUGUUUGUUGGGUUUUGCUUUUGAUGAGUAAUUGUGCCAUUCUGCGAUUAAACAGGGCGGGACUCUGUAAUUACUGUCUUUUCUAUUUAUUGUAUGUGUUUAUAUUUUCAUUAUUGUGCAAAUAAACUAAACGUUGACGUGUUAA